UUUUGAGCCCAUUUUGCAAGCGGCUCUACUCACAGUUGAAGUAACAUGGUCAUGCGUCGCUUCCAGUUCCAUAACAUUGUCCGACGAACGCCGACGCUGGCGUCCAAGCGGUUCGCAUCGUCCUCGUCGCCGCUGCCCGUGGCCCCACACAGCGCCCUCCUGCGCGGCCUCUACCACCAGGCCAAGAGCCUUCUGCAUUUCCACGAGCUUCGCCGCAGCCUUGCGCCGUCGCUCCCGGCACGAGAAAAGUGGCACGUGUGCACAAGCCUGCAAGAGCUCGACGAGCCGCUGGCCAUGGAUGAGUUCCUCGAUGGCGCCAAGACUGCUGUGGACGCGGUGCUGCAUCAAAUGUACUCGGACGCGUUUCGCGCGUAUGUGGCCGAUCCAUCGACCAUGUCGGGCGACGUGCAAUGGCUCCAAGACAUCAUGUCGGUCCGCCGCUUUGAUGCGUGCGUGUUCGAGAUCCAAGAAGCCAAGAAGCGAGGCAUGCGCUACGACCUGCGGCAGGUUCGUUUUGAGAACGUGGCCGUCUUCCAGGCGUCGGUCGCCAACGACAAAAUGCAGCUGCAGGUGCACUGCGAUAUGGUGCACACGGUGCGCGUCACGUCCGGUCACCGCGAUUUUCAAGUGCAAAAGUCGUCGUCGAUGCUCUGGUCGUUCGAAUCGCCCGUCGACGCCGACAAGCGCGAGUGGAAGAUUGUCGACUUCCACGACAUUGACCUCCCCGACUACUAAGAUCUGGGGUCGGCGCUACUUUGUAUUUAUCAACAAAUAGGGUGUACGAGCCCAACGCAGCAUAGGACGAAUAGUGAGUGAUUAAGUAAAAGUUUGUCCGUCCGUUCAUGCCACCGGUGCACAAUUUGACGUGCGACCACGGCGAAUGGCCGCUGUGAACGAGCUUGUUGAUCUGCAUCGAGCAGUCUACAUCGUAGAACGAUUACGACACCGAAAAAGUCGAGCUGUGCUAGUUGACUUGUC